GUGAUUGGAUUAGAAUCUGUUACCCUUUCCCCUCUAACCCGGUGAUGUUGGCUGUUUCCUGCUCUGCUCUCUUCUUUCUACUCGGCUGCAGCUGGGGCUUUUGCGUGCGUCUCAGCAAAGGAGCUAAACGCCGUUCACAGAUCGGACAUCUCGUGGAUUAAUUAAAACAAGCAAGUUGUUGGCCCACUGGUUUCCCCCCCAUCAUUUCCCCUCACAUAUCCUUCUCAGCGAUGCGGAGAAAAUCAAGGAUAUUAUUGUGUUUCGCCGUCCUCUGGGUGCUUGGUAUAGCGUACUACUUCUAUUCGGGAACAACGUUGAACCGAAAGGAUGACUGGGACGCAGGUACACAAGCACAGAGUGACCCAGAGGGCAAGGCCCAAGGCCUGGAGACUCUCCCACCAGGCAAGGUGAGGUGGCAGGACUUCGACCAGGACCUGUAUGUGGGUGCCACCGUGGUGCGUCCGGGGCAGGACCCCUACGCCAGGAACAAGUUCAACCAGGUGGAGAGCGACAAGCUCCGCAUGGACCGCGGAGUGCCAGACACAAGACACGACCACUGUCGCCACCAUCAGUGGAAGAAAGAGUUGCCAGCAUCAACUGUGGUCAUCACGUUCCACAACGAGGCUCGCUCAGCGCUGCUACGCACAGUGGUCAGUGUUCUGAAGAAGAGUCCGCCACCCCUCAUCAAGGAGAUCAUCUUAGUGGACGAUUACAGUGACAAUCCUGAAGACGGGGCUUUGUUAGGGAAGAUUGAGAAAGUACGGGUCCUUCGGAACGAUCGUCGAGAAGGUCUGAUGCGGUCGCGUGUACGGGGGGCCGAUGCGGCCACAGCUGCUGUUCUCACGUUCCUGGACAGCCACUGCGAGUGCAACGAACACUGGCUAGAACCCCUUCUGGAGCGAGUAGCAGAGGACAAGACGAGGGUUGUCUCUCCCAUCAUCGAUGUGAUCAAUAUGGACAACUUCCAGUAUGUGGGGGCGUCUGCGGACCUCAAAGGAGGCUUCGACUGGAACCUGGUGUUCAAGUGGGACUACAUGACGUUGGACCAGCGGCGAGCCCGCCAGGGAAACCCCAUCGCCCCCAUCAAGACCCCUAUGAUCGCCGGUGGUCUGUUCGUUAUGGACAAGGACUACUUUGAAGAGCUGGGCAAAUAUGACAUGAUGAUGGACGUGUGGGGAGGUGAAAACCUCGAGAUCUCGUUCCGCGUGUGGCAGUGCGGUGGAAGCCUGGAGAUCAUUCCGUGUAGCCGCGUGGGUCACGUGUUCCGGAAACAGCAUCCAUACACCUUCCCAGGAGGAAGUGGAACCGUCUUCGCCAGGAACACGAGGCGAGCGGCCGAGGUGUGGAUGGACGAGUUUAAAAACUUCUACUACGCGGCGGUGCCCUCAGCCAGAAAUGUGCCCUACGGCAACAUCCAAAGCCGCCUGGAGAUGAAGAAGAGGUUGGCCUGCAAGCCCUUCAAGUGGUACCUGGAGAACGUCUAUCCAGAGCUACGAGUGCCGGACCAUCAGGACAUUGCCUUUGGGGCGCUGCAGCAAGGCACCAACUGCCUGGACACGCUUGGCCACUUCGCAGACGGAGUGGUGGGAGUGUACGAGUGCCACAACGCCGGAGGCAAUCAGGUAUCCAAUCGAGCGCAGGAGUGGGCCCUGACCAAGGACAAGUCGGUGAAGCACAUGGACCUGUGCCUGACGGUGGUGGACCGCACAGCAGGCUCCCAGAUUAAACUGCAGGGCUGCAGGGAAAACGACAGCCGGCAGAAAUGGGAGCAGAUUGAGAGCAACUCGAAGCUUCGGCACGUGGGCAGUAACCUGUGCCUGGACAGCAGGGGGGCGCGCGCGGGCGGGCUGACGGUGGAGGUCUGCAGCCCCUCGCUAACGCAGCAGUGGAAGUUCACCCUCAACCUGCAGCCCUAGUCUCCACCAUGACUGACGCGUCCAAAACAACCACAGCCCUUUCUAUUCGUCCACCCCCCCCUGCAUCCAUCUCUCUCUCUCUCUCUCUCUCUCUCUCUCUCUCUUUCUCUCUCUCUCUCUCUCUCUCUCUCUCUCUCUCUCUCUCUCUCUCUCUCUCUCUCUCUCUCUCUCUCUCUCUCUCUCAUCCGUCCAUCCACUCCUGUAGAGCCUUGCUCAAGGCUUCCUGGUGGCGUACUGGGCUACACCAUGCUGGACCCAAUGUGCUGGUCACACGCCUCCUGUGGGGGAUUCUGAUUGGGGGAGGCUAAUGAACGACAUAAAAACAACAUUGCAGCAUCAGACAAGAGUGUAUUUGUGUUGAAGAUUACCCAUCCAACUAUAUAUACCUCAUUGUUUUCAUUUUUUUUGGUCCAGCUUUUUGGAAAAGUGAAUCUUUUUUUUGGAAAAGUGAAUCGUUUUGUUUUUAGUUCUUUGUUUUUUUUCUUUCUUUCUGACAAAAUUAAGAUGGAAUCACACCUUGAUGACUCAGUUUUUGUCUAGUCUAUAUUUUUCUAUUUCACAAUUAAAAGAAGAGUUUCUUUUUUUUUCUUUUUUUUUCUUCUUGAGUAACAAAUAUUGUCGAAUGUAAAGAAAAACAAACAGACAAAGUAAUGGGAACCACCUCGACAUCAUCAUGGCUCCUGCCCAGGGCUCCUUGACAGCCAAUCAGAGCAGACCGUGGGCAGUAGCUCUUGGCCAAUCAGAGCUGAGCGUGGGCGGCAGCUCCUGGGGCACAUGCAGAGUGUGUUCCCCCUGCUCGGCUCUGACAUCUUGGCGGCACGCGUAACGGGGAGCAAACUAACUCUCUGCACAUGAGCACAAGUCUCCCUGUCAAACGGAGGAAAGUUGGAGCACGUCACCUUUUGUUUUGUAUUUUGGCUGAGUUGGGGGUUAGGGGGUAAUUGGAAAUGAGGUAUGAGGAAGUGAGGUGUGAAUCGACUGGCUGGAAGGAUCUCAUGGAACUGGGACUGAAAGGGAGUGUCUUGGGGGUAAAAAAAAAAAAAAAAAAAAGACUCAGCGUUCUUUCUAAAUCUAAUGCCCGAGCCAUUUUUUGUCUCUGGUACUUGGGGAAAAAAGAACAACAAAACAAAAAGGUGCAAAGCAAUGACAAUUCUGACUACCAUCCCACUUCUGAUUGGUCUGAAGUGUGAAGAGUGGGCGGGGCCUUGGGGUGUGUCCAGGAAGUUGAUUUGCUGCUGGGUUUCAUGUCCUGUUCUCUCGGCCAAUUAGAGACGGGCAAGCGGCCCAAGGGCAGAUACACAGUGUAUUAACAUUCAUGCUGUGUGUCUCCUACUUUCUCUGUUGGGUCGUAGAGAGAGAAACCUUCACAGGACAGCAGCGUCAUUUCACCAUUAUUGUCUCUAUGGGCACUUACGAGAUGCUGAUGUUUUUUUAUUAUUAUUUGUUUGUUACAUCAAUGUAGAAUAAUCAAGUUGUUAUUACUUAAAAAGUACAUAUGAACUGAAUGGUUCAGUAUAUUCUCUUAUUCCCUUCUGACUGUUCUGGUGUAGUCGUGUCAACUUGUUUUUUUUAUUUCCUGCCCUGUGCUCCCCCUGUCUUGUGUCCAUGUGUCACUUAGUGAGCACAUCUUGUUGGCCAUAAACAUAAAGACUGUCUCGGCUCACAAGAGGGUUUUUGUGCGAAUUUACGUCAUCUGUUUUUUUUUCUGUAACCAGAAUGUUUUGGUUAGUGACACUUAUGUGAUUAUGGUUAUGCCUUGCACUUGUAUGACAUAAUUACAGUCUUUCUUUUUUUGUUUUUGUUUUGUUUCUUUACUUUUCCUCGUUUUGUCAUCAUGUCUGAACCGUGACCUGGCAAUUGCAUAUAGCACCAAUACUUGACUAUAUUAUUUGGCUGUCUGACUACAUGUGUCUCUCUCUCUCUCUCUCUCUCUUUGUGAGCUAUCUGUCAAUACUAUCCACAGCUGUUGUAUGAGUGUGUGUUCUGAAGACAUGAGGUGAUUGCCUUUUAACAGAUCCAUUAUACUGUAAGCGGAGACAGACCUAGCUGUGAUUUUUUUUCUUUUUAGGAGAUUUUAUUUUUUAGUCAUUUGUUACUUGUCCCUCCCAGUAACCUCUCUGCUAAGAAAGUGAGUCGCCAUGAGUCUGUAGGGCACAGAAGGGAGAAAAGCAAUACAAUUAUUUUUUUCUUGAUCUUGAAUGUGUUUUUUUUUUGUAGCGUUCUACCAGUAAUUCUUUUUCCCUUGUGCUCCCUCACCCAUCUCCAGUUUCUAACAUGUAGCGGACACUAAGGCACAGCCUUACACUAAUAGGAUGGAAAACAUGCGGUACUUUUUGAUUUGAUUUUGAUUUUUGCUUUUGUUUUGUUUUUGUUUUUUUCGCUUUGAAUGGCCUGGCCAAAAUCCUGUCUCGUGUUUUGAAGAACACCUUCAGUCGAGCCUGUUCUCACCGCUGAGCUAUGUUGUUAUCAUAGAUAUAUAUUUUUGGAGAGUGCCAGGAUAUGCCAACGUCAUUGUACUUAAUUUAUUAUAGACUAGGGAAUACUAUUAUGUUUUCAGUUAUCAGUCUGUCAUCCUCUGAUGUACGACAGUACAUUUGUUUGUACAUGUGUGCCCCCUUGACAUGUCUUCAACAACAAUAACACGUACAGUAGCCCCCUCCUCUUACUUUCUGUAAAAGUCCUUUGUGAGGGACAUGGAAAUGCUCAAUCAAGUCUGUGCUUAUAUCUUGUUCACUUUUCAAAUGGCCUUUUUGUACAAGGAGACACCAAAAUGUAGAGAUUCUAAGACUUGCGUACAACAAAUGAAUGAAUGAACAUAAAUGUGAACGAAGAUAACAGCAGAAAAGCAAGCAAAUGAUUCUUGAGAGGUGCAUCUUGCUGCAGUGGAUCGGUAUACGGUUUCCUCAGGGGGUGUAGAAUGUCCCUCCAAUUGAACCCUACGAUAUCACGAUAUCACGCUGCAGGUGAGAAGAGAAGCGGAGGCGAACAGCCCAAAAAAAAGGAAAAGAAAAUGUGUUUUUUCCCCCACUCUGGCACCCAACAUAGUGAUUGUGUGUUUGAGUGUGUGUGUGUGUGUGUGUGUGUGCGCCUGCGUGCCUGCGUGAUGGUGUGAGUUCUGGCGUGAUUGUGUGUGUGCCUGCGUGCUUCAUUUUUUUAAUGUCCUUUUUUUGUAAAAAGAAAAUUAAAAUACAAUCAAGGUUUAUUGCCCUUGCUGAAUGGAGCUGGUAGUUCAUGGGAAAAGUGAUAAUCCACAAAUGACAACUAAACAGUGUCCUUUUUAAAAUGUUAAAUUAGGAAGAAAUGUUUACAUUUGCACAGUGUGCCAAAGUUAUUUACUGUUUCAUUUACAUUUGUCAAUACAUUUUAUUAAAAAUAAGAUGAGACCUUGUCAAAUUCUUAUGUAUCAGAAGAUGUGAGCUCUUUGAUUCAAAACACAAUAUGAUUAUUUCCAAACAGUGAUUUUUUUUAUUGUUAUUUUCUAAGUUUUGAUUAAUUUCUCAAAAUACACAGACCCACAGUAGCACAAGGAAACUGUUGUGUCCAGUAGAAACAUGACUGUGUGGAGGUUCACCUUUUGUAAAUGUGUAUAUGUGUGUAUAUACAAUCAGUAUUUCCAUGCAUGUACAUACACACACACACAAACUUCCAGUCUAUGGUAAAUUGGUCUACUGUACAGAGCUUGUAACUGUUCAUUGUUUUCUAGAAAUGGCGUUAAAAAAUGAGGAAGAAACGAAAUGACUGAAAUAAAUGGGUUUAUAUAAAUACAAUUUUAA